UAAAACCAAAUCAAGUGGCAAGCAUACACAGCGAACCCUAGUCCAGGUCAACUUAGAAAUGGAAACGGAGAUGGAGAUGAAAAUGGUAGCAAAUGAAGACAUAGAAGAAGGCGAAGACAUAACUCCACCUCUCUCUCCUCUCUCUUACUCUCUUCAGAACUCCUCUCUAUUUUCCGCUGAUCUUCGCGUCGCCCUCCGCCUCCUCUCCCUCCUCCAAUCACCUCCCUCCACGUGUUCUCAACCUCGUCUCUUCGGCUUGUUGACCAACCGCGACAAGCUAUUGUCUUCGGAGGAGCCGGAUGUGUUGUUAAAGAUUCGUGACGGUGCGCAGGAGAUGGCGAAGGCCAGAGGAAACUUUUCAGGCGAUAUCGUUUUGGAGGAAGCUGCCUUGUGUUUGGUGAUUACGAAUGCUGUUGAGGUGCAGGAUAAGAGUGGGCGCAGUUCAGGAAUUGCCGUUUACGAUAAGGAAUUCUCCUGGAUCAAUCACAGUUGCUCUCCGAAUGCUUGUUACAGGUUCUUGCUUCCUGAGACAAACUACACGGCGUCCUCUCAGUGCCAGCUAAAGAUGCGGAUUGUUCCUCGUGGAAAGAUUGGUGUCUGUAGCUCUAGUGAAUUAGCACAAGGUUGUGAGAGAAAUGAUGGUCCGAGAAUCAUUGUUAGGAGUAUAAAGCCGAUAAAGAAAGGCAACGAAGUGACUGUUGGUUACACUGAUUUAUUGCAACACAAGGCAAUGAGGCAGGCAGAGCUGUGGUCAAAGUACCAAUUUGUGUGUUGUUGUAGGCGAUGCACUGCAUCACCCUUAACUUAUGUAGAUCGGCUUUUGGAGGAAAUUUCUGUUUCUAAUAUGGAGUCUGUGAGCAUUAGUUCUGAUGACAACUUCCUUAUGGAUGAGGCAAAUCAAAAGUUGAAUGAUUACAUGGAUGAAGUUAUAUCCCAGUAUCUAUUGGCUGACAAUCCAGAAUCUUGCUGCAAGAAGCUUGAGAACAUGCUUAUGCAAGGUCUGCAGGUUGAGCAGUUAGAAAGCAAGGCUGGAAAAUUACAGUUAAAUUUCAGGUUGCAUCCCCUGAACUAUGUAUCUCUGAAUGCAUAUACAACACUGGCCUCUGCAUAUAAAAUCCGAUCAAUUAACUUAUUAUCUCUCUGUUCUGACACUGAUGAAUGUCACUGGGAAGCUUUCAACAUGAGCAAAACUAGUGCAGCAUACUCAUUAUUGCUUGCCAGUGCUACGGACCAUCUGUUUCAGUCUGAAUCCUCACUGAUUGCAUCUGCUGCGAAUUUCUGGGUAAGUGCAGGGGAGUCCCUAUUAACUCUUGGUAGAAGAAGCUCAUUGUGGAAUUUAUUUGUGAAGCCAGGGUUGUCGAUGUCAGAAAUUUCCCUUCAGGAAUCUAAAUGCAGAAAGUGCUCACUUCAAGUGGAUUCAUUUAUACUUCAAGCUCAAAGUGCCAGUCUUAAGAACAUAUUGAACAAGCUUCACGAUUGUAUCUCAAAUUUGACUGGAAAGGUUUGGAGUUCCCUAAUACAUGGGUGUCAUUUCUUACAAACGAUUCAAGAUCCCACUGAUUUCAGCUCGAUUGAUAAAUCUAUAUCAGAUUUUAGCUUACAUUCGAACAAAACCAAUGACGGUUCGAGCUCCUGGAUGGAGGAAAGUAUUUCCAAAAAGAAAGAGCACCAGUAUACGAAUGAAGAAAGGGUGAAUGUCUCUCUGCUUGGUGUCCAUUGUUUAUUUUAUGGAGGAUAUUUGGCAAACAUAUGUUAUGGUGAGGAUUCCCAUUUGACUUGUCAUAUUAAAAAUGUUCUGUAUGAUGAAGAGAAAUCAGUACAUUGAUUCAUGAAAGAAUCUGAAUUGAGAGGAAAUGUUGAAUAUGAAUUGCUUCCGUGCAUAAA